CCUAAAAAAGUGCAUUUUUUUUAAACGUUUGUUUAGUGAAGUGUCAAAAGUAAAGAGUUUCGAUUGGAUAGUAAACAAACUUUUUUCUCGGGUUUCACUGCGUUUCGUUGUUUGUCAAUUGACUGUUUGUGUCUUAGGAUUGCUCGUGAGUUUUCUACUACGAGAUAAAAAAUUUGAACUAUGGACAUUGAAAACGCGAAUUGCAAAAUGCGCGUAUCCCAGUGCACAGACAUGGAGGUGAUACCCAUAGAGCGACCUCUGAAGAUUACCCACGAAAUCACCGGCUUGGAGAAACUGGUAGAAGAACUACACAAGGUCUUCUCGCAAGAGAGAGUCAAUGUGCAGGAAGUUCAGGCACUGAUGGCAGGAUACAAGUCUAAUCCGAAAGAUUGGAAGAAAUUCGCUAAAUUCGAUCGUUUUCGCUACACCAGAAAUUUGGUGGACAGCGGUAACGGCGCUUUCAACAUCAUGGUGCUGUGCUGGGGUCCAGGCCACGCCUCAGCCAUACACGACCACGCUGAUUCACAUUGCUUCAUGAAACUACUCCAUGGCAGUUUAGAAGAAGUCAGAUACGACUGGCCACCAAACGUGCAACCUGAAGUUAGGAGGGUUUUGAAAAACAAUAACAGACAUCACUGUUGCUCGGAAAGCGAUAGGCGGAUCGCGAAUACGGCGGACGGCAGCGACUUGAGCUGUCAAAAUGAAAGGUGUCAAAAUUUUGGCGGGAAAAUCGACGCGGUACAAAAUGGCGGCGACGAUGAAAUGGAGGGAUACGACGCGGACCAGAUGGAUGAAAUAGGCAGAACGAAAUUGGAAGUUGAUGACGUUUGUUAUAUUAACGACAGCGCCGUGUCCCUACACCUGUAUUGUCCACCGUUCGACAGCUGCAGAGUAUUUGACGCCCGCACUGGAAAACCUACAGAUGUGAAGGUCACAUUCUGGUCCGUGAACGGGAAGAAGAUCAAGAAGCCAGCGCCAUGUCCCUUCACCUGUAUUGUCCACCGUCCGACAGCUGCAGAGUAUUUGACCCCCGCACUGAAAACCUACAGAUGUGAAGGUCACAUUGUGGUCCAUAAAAGGAAAGAAGAUCAAGAAGCCAGCGCCAUGUCCCUUCACCUGUAUUGUCCACCGUUCGACAGCUGCAGAGUAUUUGACGCCCGCACUGGAAAACCUACAGAUGUGAAGGUCACAUUCUGGUCCGUGAACGGAAAGAAGAUCAAGAAGGUAAUCGAAGCCAACGAGGCUGUGGACAGCCAGUGAGAUUAAAAAUCACAAAAUGUGUUCGACAUUCCCAUAAUUAGGUUAAGAAUAUUAAAUGACUGGUCAC